GUUUAUGCUUUAACAAAGCUUAUUAUUUCUGUCAUACUUUUUAGACUAGUAGGUACCACAAUGUUGUAUCUACUUACCUAUUUUACCUACUUUGUUUUCAGAUUCUGAAAAAUACGACUGGAAUGUCGGUACCUGUGCCUCAUCCGACCCACGUGCCGCUGCUGGGGCCCUCUAAUACACUGACCGUGUGUCAGUUCUGCCAGGCCUCGGUCAAGACCUCCGUCAAGUACUCGGUGACGUCACGAACUCACAUGGCCGCCGCGUUGUGGUCUAUAGUAUGCUGCCUGUGUUGUGUCCCCUACUGCAUCGACUCGGCUAAGAACAGCGACCACUACUGUCCCAACUGCGCCAGGUAUAUGGGAUCCUAUGAGAAAUAGAUCAACUGAUGCUGGUUACUUUUUUUUUACUUAUAAUAGGUAUAAGAUAUAAAUGUUAGAUACGGUCAAUGAAAAAUUCUGGUUUAACCAAGUUAGUGUGGCACGCACAUAGGUAUUACAUACUUGGCCAGAAAUAUUAUAGACACCGAUUUGUUAUUGUGAUUGUGUAGGGUCAGCUACAUUGCUAGCUUAUCAAUUUCACAAAACAUUAUUGAAUGAUUAGGCGGUAUGUGAGAUUAACAAGAUAUUCCUUAAUUUAAAUUUAUUUAAGAAGUCUACGUACUUAUUUACAUUCUUCUAAAUAAAAAACGUACCUAUUAUUUU